AUGACGACUCCAAACAUUAUCCUACCCGAGAAGGGCAAGAACAAUAUCUUAAUCACCAGUGCCUUACCAUAUGUGAACAAUGUUCCUCAUCUUGGAAAUAUCGUUGGUAGUGUGCUGAGCGCCGACGUAUUCUCCCGUUAUAGCAAGCUGAGAGAUCGCCCAACCCUCUAUAUCUGUGGUACCGAUGAGUAUGGUACUGCUACGGAAGUCAAGGCUUUAGAAACUAAGCAGACUCCCAAGGAGCUCUGUGAUGAAUUCCACAAAAAACAUAAGGAUGUUUACGACUGGUUUGAGAUUGGGUUUGACUACUUCGGAAGGACGACUACGGAACAGCAAACGAUCAUCGCACAAGAUAUCUUCAUGAAAUUACAUAAGAACGGGUACUUGGAGGAGCGCACAACUACACAGCCCUACUGCGAAAAGCAUCAAUCUUUCCUUGCGGAUCGUUUUGUUGAAGGUACUUGCCCUAAGUGUCAAUACGAUGAUGCACGAGGUGAUCAAUGUGAUAAAUGCGGUAGUCUCCUUGACGCUCUGGAGCUUAUCAAUCCUGUUUGCAAGGUCGAUGGUGCUACUCCAAUUCCACGCGAGACGAAGCAUAUCUUUUUACUUCUCGACAAAGCCCAACCUGCGAUUGAGGAGUGGUUUAACAAAUCAAGUGAGGAAGGAGGAUGGCCCAAGAAUGGUAUCAGUAUCACGAAUUCAUGGCUCAAGCAAGGAUUGCAAGGACGAAGUAUUACUCGAGACUUGAAAUGGGGAACACCAAUUCCUUUGCCAGGUUAUGAGAACAAGGUUCUUUACGUUUGGUUUGAUGCUUGUAUUGGAUAUCCAUCGAUUACUGCAAAUUACACAAAGGAUUGGGAGCUUUGGUGGCGCGAUCCAGAGAACGUUAAGCUUUACCAAUUCAUGGGCAAGGAUAAUGUUCCAUUCCACACGGUUAUUUUCCCCGGAUCUCAGUUGGGAACUGGAGAUAAAUGGACAAAACUCAACCAUCUCUCCACAACUGAAUAUUUGAACUACGAGAAUGGCAAGUUCUCCAAAUCCAGAGGUGUAGGUGUUUUUGGUGACACUGCAAAGGAUACUGGCGUUCCACCAUCCGUAUGGAGAUAUUACCUAUUGUCGAAUCGACCUGAGACUGCAGAUUCGCAAUUUGAGUGGGCAAACUUCAUUCAAUUGAAUAAUUCUGUCUUGCUAAACAACUUGGGUAACUUCGUCAACAGAGUUGUCAAAUUUGUCAAUGCAAAGAUGGAUGGAGUUAUUCCAGAAUUCUCUCCAGAAUACAAGGAUGAGAAGUUCGAUGCCCCUGCUUUCAUCGAGGAGAUCAAUGCUCAGUUAAAAGACUAUAACAACGACAUGGAAGCUGUAAAGAUUCGCGUCGGUUUAGAUCAGGUCAUGAAGAUCUCUACCAGCGGAAACAACCUUCUUCAAUAUCGUCUAGAUAAUGCCAACCUUGCCGAACACCCAGAGAGAACUCACACCGUCAUCGGACUCGCUCUCAAUCUCGCUUACCUCAUCGCAUCCAUCACAUCACCUUUCAUGCCCUCAACAUCCGAGUCCAUCGUUUCUCAACUCUCCGCCCCACUCAUCUCCAUCCCCGAUAAAUGGAACCCAGCUGUUCUCAAGAGCGGUCACAAAAUCGGCAAACCAGCAUACCUCUUCACACGUAUUGAUGAGAAGAAGGCCGAUGAAUGGAGAAAGCAAUAUGGAGGAACACAAGCUUCUAGAUUAGCAGAGGAAGAAGCCCAAGCAAAGAAGAAGGCGGAUAAGGCGAGAGAUAAGGAGAGAAAGAAGGCAAAGAAGGAAGCGGAGAGAGCAGCUAAAGCUGCUGGUGUUGAGACUGAAAUUCCUUUGAGAGGAAAGGUUGCGGAAGAGCAAGCUCCUCCUCCUGCAGCUGCACCAUAA